UGAAAGAUGGGGUGAAUGGGAGGGGCAGGUCCUGGGUCCUGGAGAGUGGGAGCAGACAGAGGGCAGGAGGAAUGGACGCUUUCCAGACCUUUGCGCUUCUAUUCCAAGGACAAUGAAGGUAGCUGGUUCCGCUCCCUCUUCGUCCACAAGGUGGAUCCCCGGAAGGAUGCCCACUCCACCCUGCUGUCCAAGAAGGAGACCAGCAACCUCUACAAGAUCCAGUUUCACAGUGUGAAGCCCGAGUGUCUAGACGACUACAACAGCCUGACGGAGGCUGUGCUGCCCAAGCUGCACCUGGAUGAGGACUACCCCUGCUCGCUCGUGGGCAACUGGAACACAUGGUACGGGGAGCAGGACCAGGCAGUGCACUUGUGGCGGUUCUCAGGCGGCUACCCAGCCCUCAUGGACUGCAUGAACAAGCUCAAAAACAACAAGGAGUACCUGGAGUUCCGAAAGGAGCGGAGCCAGAUGCUGCUGUCCAGGAGAAACCAAUUGCUUCUCGAGUUCAGCUUCUGGAAUGAGCCACAGCCUAGAGCCGGCCCAAACAUCUAUGAGCUGAGGACGUACAAGCUCAAGCCAGGAACCAUGAUUGAGUGGGGGAACAACUGGGCUCGGGCCAUCAAGUACCGACAGGAGAACCAGGAGGCAGUGGGCGGCUUCUUCUCGCAGAUAGGAGAGCUCUACGUGGUGCACCAUCUCUGGGCCUAUAAAGACCUGCAGUCCCGGGAGGAGACCAGAAACGCUGCCUGGAGGAAGAGGGGCUGGGAUGAAAAUGUCUACUACACAGUCCCCCUGGUGCGACACAUGGAGUCUCGGAUCAUGAUCCCUUUGAAGAUCUCGCCUCUCCAGUGAUGCUGCUGCUGCCUCCACCUCCUUCUCCCUACUCCCUCAGGGUAGCCACGGACAGAGGAGUUCCCGGUCCUGCUGUUUUGGUUUUCUCUCGGAUCCUGUGGACUCUGGGGGGUAGUGCUCAGCUCAGACAAGAGGGAGCUGAAGGAUAAUGGGUUUCUGAGGACUUACAGUCUGCCCAGACCCUGCCCAUCUUCCCCGCCCACCGCUUCCCCUGUGCUAGAAGCAGGGUUUUUGUUGUUGUUGUUGUUGCUUUUUGUUGUUGUUGUUGUUUUAGAAGCAGUUUUUAAUUUCUCUGAAUGAAGAACAGUAACCUUUUAUAUCUUUUCACAUUCCCCCCUAAGAUUCUUCAUCUUAAGGCCACCAGUCUACGGUCAUCAUCCUGGAAAUCCUCAGUUUAGCUUUAAUUGCACAAAGGGUAGUGUGUCCAGUGGCUAGAGGUGGGAUGGGAAGGGAGGAGAUCAGACCAGGCCAGGCUCUCAGGAAUUCCCUGGUCUCCACUGGGCUACCCACUUGCUGGACAGUCUGAGCCAAGACCCUCCAGCUGGAGAAAAGCCUAGAACUGCCUCAAGAAACAGAAGGGAAAACUGUCAAGUUAGCAAAGUCAUCAGGACCUCUAUAUAUUCCACCCAGAAAGGCUGGGAAAAGGAAUGGGAGCUGGGAAGGAUCUGGGGAGGGAAACAGAACAAGAACCAAGAAUGUAGAACUUAGAACUCAGAACUUGGGCUUGAACUGUAGAAUCUGGAAUACAGAAUUGGGAAGAUAGAAUAGGGGUGACAAAAGACCACUUGGGAAGGAAUUCCUAAUAUAAGAUACUUGUAGAGAGGACCAUCUCUUUCUCCUCAUGUAAUGAGGUUGAGAACUUGACUCAUUCCAGCCCUUUUGUGCAGGGAGUGUGUCCGGCCCUCCCUACUUCCCUCCUGCAGGCAAAGCUAUGGGCUAUGUCCUGUAUUUCCUUCACCCUGCAUUCCUUUACUCCCUCUUCACAUUUUAUCAGCCCAACCCUCAUUCUCCUGGGCCAUAGGAUAUGUGGAGUGGGGUCAAUGACUUUGUAGGGGAGCUUCUUCAGUGACCCUCACAGCUCAUGAACCUCUGGGUAGCUUGAUUCUGCCUCCCUUUCAGGAAAAUUUGUGCUGGAGUCGCUGAUGGAACCAAUUAAAUAUUUACUAUAAA